UCGAACACAUCGUGUCCCAGUGUUGAGUGAAUUUUUCGGUCGAAAUGGCACCCAAAACCAGUGGAAAAGCUGCGAAGAAGUCUGGCAAAGCCCAGAAAAAUAUUUCCAAGUCCGACAAGAAAAAGAAGCGCAAGACCCGCAAGGAAAGCUACGCUAUUUACAUCUACAAAGUGUUGAAGCAAGUCCACCCGGAUACUGGCAUCUCUUCGAAGGCCAUGAGCAUCAUGAACAGUUUCGUUAACGAUAUCUUCGAACGCAUUGCUGCCGAGGCAUCCCGCUUGGCGCAUUACAACAAGCGUUCGACGAUCACGUCCCGCGAAAUCCAAACCGCUGUUCGUCUGCUGCUGCCUGGUGAGCUUGCCAAGCACGCCGUCUCCGAAGGAACAAAGGCUGUCACAAAGUACACCAGCUCGAAGGCAAAUCUCGCAUCCUCUUGAAGCAAUAAUCGCCGCGUGGAGCAUACCGUUUUUUGCAUCAGCUCAAAUCUGACCAACACAUGCGCAUCGUUCAUUGAUACUUGGGAUAAUUCAUCAAAAGAAGGAAAACGGGUGAAAAAAACAACACUGUUCACAUGAGGUUUGUGAAUUUAUUAUACAGCAACAGCUAACAGCGUCAAUGCUGCCUUUGAAUCCGUAAAUCACUCAAUGCUAAUUUCAAAACUAUCAAGCU